AUGUUACUCGAAACGCUCAUUGGACUUGGUGUCCUUAUUUACUUAUUGUGGAAAUACUUACUACCAUCGAAAUGUGAACAAGUUCAAUAUGAUAAGAUAGAAAAUGUUCAAUCAACAGUAAGUGAAACGCAAUCUGAUGAUAUUACAUGUAAAGAUCGUUCCGAAGAGCUUGCUCUGCAAAAUAUUAAAGCUAAAAGUAAGAUUCCUGAAAUUCCCAAAGUUGAAUCCAAACAAGAAAAUAAAUCUGUCAAAAGUGAAGAGUUAAUAACACCGAGUAUUUUACUGAAACAACGAAACGAAAAAUUACUCGGUGAAAACCCAGUCAGACGGGAGAGUCCGCCAAAAGAAAAGCUUGCGGAAUUUCUUGAGAAAACUAUUUUGAGCGAUGAUAAAAUACAGUCAAUAAUACAAAACUUGUCGUUAGAUAAAACCGAAAUACUCAUACAUGAGGAACCGAAGAAACUUCUUUAUGCUACUUCUGAAGAUAUUGUACCUCUUACAAAGAAAGAGGAUCAUCCACUGAGUGACAAGGCUUUGCAACAGCAAAAUGUGAUAGACGCUAUAGCGGAUAGGAUAAAAAGAAUUAACGGAAACAAUAACAUACAAGACGCUGAACAACCUGCAGAUGAACUUGUUGAAAAUAAAAUAGAAGAAAGUAAACCAGUUUUAAAGCGUCUGCAAAAGCAGCCAGGGUUUCCACAGGGUCUUAACUUUGGUUCGGUCAUCGGAGAACUGAAAAAUAAAACGAAGAACGCUAGCAAUGGAGGUCUUAAACCCGUUUUCAAGAAGUUCGAUGUCGAUGCCGAAUCUCUAAAUUCGGUCGACGACAAGAAGAAAGGCAUCGAUGACAACGAAUUGGGAACCACAAAUAUUCUAGCAGAUAGAAGGAACAAAUUGGAAACAGCUGCACAAGGGUGGCGCAAACGCGUUCCUCAGACCGAUGCCUCUCUGUUCACCGUAGCUGGUAGAUUAGAGAGGGACAAGGUAGUGUCAGCGACUCCACCCGUCACUCCGCCCCCCGCAGCCGCGCCUGUGACCGCCUCGCCGGGAAUACCACCGCCUAAUACUUUUAAAUCUCGUAAGCAAACGUCUCCUACGAAUGGGUUCGCUUCGGGCCCACUUCGGUCAGCUUCGUGUGCCGUCGUGAGCGCGGCUGCUGUCGACCCGAAGCCCAAGACCAAUAGAAUUGAUAGAGAAUCCUUCAAACGAAGCCACUCUGUCAAAGAUGAGUCCUGUGGUGCUGAGAAGACAGGCCAGCCGGUGCGUGUACCCCGUACCGAUGAUGAGACGUUCCAAGCGUUCUUCACGCCCGCUUUGCAACAGGAGAGGCUGGCAGACACCGAGGGUGUUGAUGUCGACCUCGACGCAAUUGACAGCGGGUCUAGACAAUUACUGGCGAGUGAAUGGUCCCGUCGCGCCCGCGUGGGUCGGCGGCACGCUGCGUCGCGCAACCCGCUCCCAGCGGAAGCACUGGCGGCGCUGGCCAGCAAGGAAGACUUCGCGGCGGUGGCACUGCGCAGCGCGGCCGCCGCGCCCGCCGCGCCCGGCGCCAGGCCGCUCAUGUUGCUGCACGUCAAGGGGAGGAGGAGGGUGCAGACGAGAUUAGUGGAGCCGGUCCACACGAGCGUCAACCGCGGAGACUGCUUCGUGCUGAUCUCGUCAGACCAACUGUUCCUCUACAUCGGACUCUACGCCAACGUCAUUGAGAAAAAUCGCAGCACAGACAUUGCCAUGCACAUCCAAAACACAAAAGACAUGGGUUGCAAGAACUCCCCCGGUAUCAUCAAAAUAGACGAACAAAUCAAAAACUUCAGCAACAAACAUUGGAACCAGUUCUGGUCUCUCCUCGGCGUUACUGAAAACGUUGAGAACUACAAACCAGUCGAGACAGGACAUGCUGAUGAAGACGAGAUCUUCGAGUCCUGCAUCCUGCAGACCAACAUGUGCUACGAGGUCAUGGACGACGAGCUCGUGCCCAUCCAGGAGUACUGGGGACAGGUUCCCAAGAUCGCCAUGCUCAACCAAACCAAAGUGAUCGUGUUUGACUUCGGAUCCGAAAUGUACAUCUGGUACGGGAAGAAUGUUCCCCUUGAGAGUCGACGCCGCGCGGCACAACUAGCGCAGGAAAUGUUUGACGAAGGAUACAACUACGAGGAGUGUCACAUCAACCCCUUGAAUGCUGCCAAGUACCAGGGCGCGCGAGAGGCCACCGAUCCUCCCGCCAAAUCCGCCAACAGCAGACCAGAAUGGGCCAUCCUAUCCAAAAUUACACAGCACAUGGAAACCAUUCUGUUCAAGGAGAAAUUCCUUGACUGGCCCGACUACACCAGAGUCAUCAAGGUCAAAUCACCAGAAAACAAGAGUAACAGCGUUGAAAUCAACCCCUGCGAUGCCGAGGAGAUGUGGUCGAACGAGUACCAGGAUCCAGAUCUCAUUUUAGAAGGAUCUCACAUCGGCCGCGGCACGCACUACUACGACAAGGAGAACAUGAGGCACUACGACAUUAAGACCAAGUCUGUAAGCAAGUGGGUGAUACAGGAGUACGAUUUCCAAAAAGUUGAGGACGAAUCCGAUAUCGGUGAGUUCUUCUCUGCCGACAGUUAUAUUAUUAGAUGGGAGUACCAGAUCACGAUGACCGGUCGUGAGCUGAAUGGGAAACCAUCUAAACAUAACGUUACGGGAAGAGAUCGGUGCGCGUACUUCUGCUGGCAGGGACGGGACGCCAGCUCGAACGAGAAGGGAGCCGCCGCAUUACUCACUGUCGAGCUCGACAGGGAGAAGGGGCCGCAGGUCCGCGUUGCACAAGGGAACGAGCCGCCUGCCUUCCUCAACCAGUUCCAAGGGAAUCUAGUCAUCCAUCAAGGCAAGAGGGGCUCCGACAAGAGCCGGUACAGACUGUUUGUGACGCGAGGCAAUCUGUCCAACGAGGCGUACUUACUGCAGGUGCCUUGUUCAGUGCGACAACUUCGUAGCCGGGGCUCACUACUCUUGGUCGAUACUGAGAAGGGAUGCCUAUACAUCUGGCACGGAGCAAGGAGCAUGAAGCAUACUAAAGACAUUGCUAUCGAGCUGGCUAACAAGCUCAUAGCGAGGAAGUCGAGCUACUUAUUCGGGGAGAACGUGUCUGAUGUAAAGAUCACAGAGGUUCGAGAGGGUGAGGAGCCGAAGGAAGUUCUAGAAGCUCUGGGCGUAGCGAACAAGCAACAUUACAUGUCAGUGCUGGGCGGGGGCCGCGAGGUGGGGGGCAGUUCCCCUCGCCUGUUCCACUUCACCGACCUGGGAGGACAGUUCGAAGCCAAUGAGGUGUUGUCUCCGCUCCGCCACGAGCACCUGGUGACACCCUUCCCUUUUGACCAAAAGGAGUUGUACUCGGCUUCGCAACCAGCUCUGUUCCUGCUGGACGACGGGGUGUGUGUGUGGCUGUGGCAGGGCUGGUGGCCGCGCGGGGAGGACGGGGAGCUGGAGCCCGCUGAGAGGAACGCUGGUGUUGGAGCAUUCGCAGCCCGUUGGCAAGCUUUACGAGUAGCAGCCCUACGUACUUGUGAUGCAUACUGGCGCGUGUCACGACCCGGGACUCGACCCGACGUACGUCUAGUAGCAGCCGGCCUUGAACCACAGGCCUUCACCGACCUGUUCGAUACUUGGGUUGAUCACGACGAGGCAGCCGAAGCCAAUAUCAACCUGGGCCACAAGGCGGGCGAGGCGUGGUGCGGCGCGCGCGAGCUGGCGCGGCUGACGCGCGCCGCCGCCGAGCUGCCGCUGGCCGCGCUGCAGCGCCGGCCCCUGCCCGACCACGUCGACCCGCACCAUCUCGAGCGACAUCUCUCCUCGCCUGACUUCCUGGAGGCUUUCGGCAUGACCAAAGAAGAGUUCUCGGUGCUCCCCGCGUGGAAACAGACCAACAUGAAGAAGGACGUCGGCCUGUUCUGA